GAAGUAAGGUAGUAAAUAUCUACAAAGAUAUCAAAGCUCCUGUAUAGAUUUUCAUUCAUGUAUAUUAAAACUGAUUAUUAUUGCAAAAAGAACAAGAACUAAAAAUUUCAGUUGACCAGCUGGUGGAUUUAACACUUUAUUUCGUCAAUACAACAUACAUUUGUGGCCAAAUGUUUGGGCUACAAUUUAUAUGUUUAUAUGUUAAUUUUGUAUGUUAUACGUCCCUACAGUAUAUCAUAGAAACAUAUAAAAACAGUUAUCUAAAGAAAAACUGAAGCAGCAAAUUGAAUGCAACAGAAUUUGUGUCAGUAAAAAGCUUGCCACACCACUAUUUUAGUAUUGCAGCGCAAUAAUAUAAAUACUAAUAAUAAAACAAUAGAGAAUAUUAAAAGAGCAAAGAUGGAAGAAUUCGGAAACAUAUGGUUGUGCACCCAAACUGCUUUAAGUCGUCUAUGUUUAGUGUUUGCUUUAAUAUAGCUUAAUGAAGUAAUCACAUAAAAUAAAUCAUAACAUAUUUAUGUUGUCUUCAUCUGUAACUAGUUGUCCUGUAUGUCUUGUGUGCAGUAACAGUGGCUCUUUUUUCUGACAGUUCAAGAGAUAGGUUGACAGAAAAAAAAAUCCCCCACACGUAGCUGUGGCUUCUAUGCUGCACAGAAAAAGGGAAGUACUACCCUGUCACGUUUUACUUUUAUUCAGUCAAAUAGUGAGGCCCAUGUGAGGUACAAGAUGGAGCUCUGCAUCAAACUGAUGGUGAAAAUACUGUUGCUGCUCACAGCUCAAGACCAGAAAUAUUGUAUGUAUGCUAAAGAAUCAGAAGGAGCUUAUCUUCAUCUUCAUCCAAACAGACUGCAGUUCUUUGAAUAUGACUCCAUCUCAUUAAACUGCUCGGGGUAUCGUGGCCCAACAGAAUGGAGAGUGAUCAAAAAGCUUGGCUUAAAUUCUACUCGGUGGGAAACAUCAGCAAGAACCUUGUACAUUGAACCUGCCUUUAAGUCACACAGUGGAGAAUACUGGUGUGAAAAUGAAGAUGGAGAGAAAAGCAUGACUGUCACCAUCACUAUUACUAGUGGAGAUGUGAUCCUGGAGAUUCCUGCUUUUCCUUUUAUGGAGGGAGACAAUAUCGCUUUGGGCUGCAGAAAAAAAAUACAAUCUUCCAAUCUUCCAGCUGAUUUUUAUAAAGAUGGCCACUACUUGGAAACUGGAUAUGUAGGGAAGAUAACCAUUCUCAAUGUUUCCAAGUCUAAUGAAGGACUGUACAAGUGCAUCUUUACUGAAUCUCAAGGGGAAUCACCAGAGAGCCGGAUGGUUGUGAGAGCAGCACAUGUUGCUCCCACACCUCAGAAGACAAUACCUCAAGAUGAUGAAGAGACUGAACAGGAGAGCUCUCCAUCCAGGUCCACUGGACUCUCCAUCUUAUUGCCAGCUAUGUUGAUCAUUUUGGCUGUGGAUGUGAUAAUAGUGGCGGGACUACAUUACUGCCAGAAACACACAGUAGCAAGCUCUUCUGCUGUCAUGUCAGUAACAGUGUAUAAAAAUGCUCAGGUAACUCAUCUACAAAUGGAUACUUACAACAAUGAGACAAAACAGAAAAAGAAAUGAGGUUAAGUACACUUUAGAGGUUACAAGGAAGGCCCAGCAGCAUCUCCACUUUCUACUCAGAAGCCUCAACUUGAAGCAGAAGCCCUUGACCGUCUUCUACCAGUACUUGACCUUUUUGCACCGAUAUAUUUCUCUUUUUAAUCUCUGAACGUAAUGCACAUUUCAUUACUGUAUAUUGUUGUAUAUUUUAUUCUGUACAUAUGUUAUUUAUUAGGACUACUGCUUGCCCCAUUUUGUGUAUGGUGACCCUGAAUGGCCAAAUGGACUGCACACAAAGGAAA